GGUGUCCCUUGCCCAGCCCUCCACACGCCCUGCCCCGUGCUCCGCUGGCGCCCGACCAUGCGCGGGCCGGGGCUCUGGCCGCUCGGUGCGCUCUGGCUGCAGGGCUUGGCUCUCAGCUGCGCCUUGCCCAGCGUGGACAAGUUCGAGGUGGUGCUUCCCCGGCGCCUGCCGGGACCCCGAGCCCGCCGCGCCCUGCCCUCCUCCCGCACGGGCUUGUACCCGGAGAGCGUGAGUUACGUCCUGGGGACCCAGGAGCACAACUUCACCCUGCACCUGAGGAAGAACAGGGAACUUCUGGGCUCGAGAUACACAGAGACCUACACGGCCACCAAUGGCUCCGAGGUGACGGAGCAGCCGCCCCUGCAGGACCACUGCUUGUACCAGGGCCACGUGGAGGGGCACCCACGCUCGGCGGCCAGCCUCAGCACCUGUGCGGGCCUCAGGGGCUUCUUCCGGGCAGGGUCAGCCGUCCACCUGAUCGAGCCCCUGGAUGGGGCCGGCGAGACAGGGCGGCACGCGCUGUACCAGGCCCAGCACCUGCAGCAGCAGAAGGCCGGGACCUGUGGGGUCAGUGACGCCAGCCUGGACGACCUCCUGGGGCCCCGAGUCUCUGCAGCCUUCAGGCCUCGGCCCCGGAAUGGGCCACUAGCCCGAGGGCCCCGUUUCGUGGAGCUGUACGUGGUCACAGACAGCGCAGAGUUCCAGAAGUUGGGGAGCAGAGACGCUGUGCGCAAGCGGGUGCUGGAGGUGGUGAACCACGUGGACAAGCUGUAUCAGGAACUCAACUUCCGCGUGGCCCUGGUGGGCCUGGAGGUCUGGAGCCACAGAGACAAGUUCCUCGUCAGCCCCCACGCCAACAUCACGCUGGAGAACUUCCUCGCCUGGCGCGCGAGGGACCUGGUGGGACGGCACCCGCACGACAACGUGCAGCUCAUCACGGGCGUCAACUUCGUCGGCACCACCGUGGGCCUCGCUAAGGUGUCUGCCAUGUGCUCCCGAAGCUCAGGGGCUGUGAACCAGGACCACAGCCAGAGCCCCGUGGGCGUGGCCUCCACCUUGGCCCACGAGAUGGGCCACAACCUGGGCAUGGACCACGACGAGAACAUCCCGGGCUGCCACUGCCCCGUGCCGCGUGCGGGUGGUGGCUGCAUCAUGGCAUCCAGCAUCGGCUCCGCCUUCCCCAGGAUGUUCAGCCACUGCAGCCGGGCCGACCUGGAGACGUUUGUGGAGAAGCCGGGGACGGCCUGCCUGGCCAACGCCCCUGACCUCGGCCGGCUGGUGGGCGGCCCCGUGUGUGGGAACCGGUUUGUGGAGCGUGGAGAGCAGUGUGACUGCGGCCCCCCCGAGGACUGCCAGAACCGCUGCUGCAACGCCACCACCUGCCAGCUGGCCGCGGGGGCCGAGUGCGCCCAGGGCGCCUGCUGUCACGAGUGCAGAGUGAAGCCGGUCGCUGAGCCCUGCCGCCCCGCAAAGGAUGAGUGCGACCUGGAGGAGUUCUGUGAUGGCCGGCAGCCUGAAUGCCCGGAAGACGCCUUCCGUGAGAAUGGCAUGCCCUGCCACGGGGGCUACUGCUACGACGGCACCUGCCCCACGCUGGCCGGGCGGUGCCAGGACUUAUUUGGGCCAGGUGCAUGGGUUGCCGCGGAGACCUGCUUCUCCUACAGCAUCUCGGCAGGCUGUGGGGUCAGCGUCCCUCUUAGCACGGACAGGGUCAAGUGUGGCGUCCUGUUCUGCAACGGGGGGCGGCAGCGCCUGGAGGGAACCACCUGCACCUUGACCUUCUCCUCGGCCGUGUGCCGAGCUCUCACCACCGACAACAGUGCCACCUACGAGCCGGUGCCCUCGGGCACCCGUUGCGGCCCAGAGCAGGUUUGCUGGGAAGGUCGCUGCCAGGACCUCCACGUUUACAGAUCCAGGAACUGCUCAGCCCAGUGCCACGGCCACGGGGUGUGCAACCACAAGAAGGAGUGUCACUGCCACCCGGGCUGGGCCCCACCCCACUGCAAAAAGCUGCUGACGGACGUGCAGGCAGAGUCUGGGAGCCUCCCUGUCGGUGUGUUGGUGGCUCUGGGGCUCCUGGCAGCCGUGGCAGCCGUGGCAGUCAUCCUGGCAGGCGUCAUUGUCCACUGCAAGGCCCGGAGCCGUGCCCAGAGGAACGUGGCACCCAAGAGUACCGUGGGGCUCUUCAACCCCCUGUUCCACCAGGGUGAUGGCAGCAAGCCAGCCAAGGGUGGGGCCCCAGCCCCCACACAGGGCCCCUCAGUGCUGGCCUCUACCACCCACCCCAGCCAGCCCCCCAGAACCCAGGUGUCUGCAGUGACCCCAAAGAGGCCACCCCCUGCUCCUCCUGCUGCUGUGUCCAGUACACCCCUCUCAGUUCCUGUCUACACCCGGCAGGAGCCAGGGCAGCUCAGACCUGCUCCGCCCACCAAGCCCCUCCCACAGCUCAAGCCCAAGCAGAUCAUCAAGCCGACCUCUGCACCCCCGAUGCCACCAGCCAAGCCUGGGGCUGGAGGGGCCAAGUUUGGUUUGACGCAGGUGAGGCCCACCCCCAGGCACACACAGGAGGUUGCUGGCCCAAAGGUUGCCUUGAAACCCCCUGUCCAGAGGAAGUGAUGGGGCCAGAGCUCCAAGAGCACCGUGGGUAGGGGGG